AUGUUAGAAGAGGAAGAAGUCGUGGAGAAACCCGAAAAAAGAUGGUACUUGCCCAUUUUUACCGUACGAAAUCCACAUAAACCUGACAGGGACAUAUUGGUGUGGGACGCGGCAGCUCUAUUAUCGGAAGUAACCCCAAAUGACUUUCUUCUAAAGGGACCCGAUAUUUUCGUGUCCUUUCUGCAGAUUAUGUAUAACUUUAGAAUGAGAGCAAUUGGCGUCAGCACGCACUAUGUGCGCGACCUGAACGCUAAGAAACACGCAGAUAAGUUUCCUUCGGCAGCUAAAGCUAAUCAGAGAAGUCACUACGAAGACGACUGCAUCGAUUCAUGCCAUUCGGAAGAAGAAGCCAUUACAUUAGCGAAGGAAGUUAGAGAAGUCCACGAACGCGGAGGUUUCCAUAUGCGCAAGUGGCUAUCAACGGCCAAAUCCAAGGUGGCUCCGUUGCAGCCGCUCUCGAUACUCCGCUUGGAGCUACAGUCAGCAGUAACUGGAGCGCGACUGACGCGAAGCAUAAUAGCGCAAUAUGAAAUCGACUUUGAGGAAUGGUACUUAAGGACCGACUCGAAAACCGUACUAGCGUGGCUCAAUGAAGACCCUCGACGAUAUGAGCAAUAUGUAAUGCUUAGGAUAGCCGAGAUAUGUAAGUUCACAGAGGUCAAAUCUGGAGAUGGGUACCAAGCAAACUAA